GCGGCCGCGCUCAGUUGUUCUCGGGACCUCGAUACGCUCGCCCGUCUACGCGCUACGCGGGCUACGCCGUAGCGAGUACGCGGCUACGAGCCACACUAGUGUUUAUUGAACUUACUACUAAACAAAUAAGUGCUUCGACUGUUGCGUGAGUAAUAAAAGUCUAAGUGCAAAUAAAGUACUGAACAAGAUUGUGCUUACGUACUAUGUUUUUCUUUUAUUGGAUUAUUUAAAAGUAAGGGACAUUACAUGGUAACUUGAAAGGAUGAGCACUAGCUUAGUAACUACGGUUACUACGUUUCGUAGGUAACUCAAUUAGCUUGUGACAUCGAGAAGAGUACAAUAUUGGGACGUCAGUUCUAAAAUGAAGGAGAAUAAAGGGAAGACGCGCGAGAGCCAUCGGGAGCCGGUGGUGACAUGACGUGUGGGCGCGCCGCUCACUGCGACACCAUGGCUGCACAGCUCACCGCCAUCAUACUGUGGCUCGGAGGAAGCGUGUUAGGUCUUCGCGACAUCCAGCUGAGCGUGCCAGAGGCGGUGGGCGUGGGCUCGAGUGCAACGCUGGGCUGCCGGUGGGCGCUGGACGUCGGCGAGACGCUGUACACCGUGAAGUGGUACCACGGAGCCCAGGAGUUCUUCCGCUUCGUACCCAAGGAGCUGCCUAACACGAGGGUCUUUUCACAAACCGGCAUCAGUGUUGAUGUGUCACGAUCAGGCGCGCAGCAGGUGGUGUUGCGGGGCGUGUCGCGGGGCCUCAGCGGCCGCUACCGCUGCGAGGUGUCCGCCGACGCGCCCUUCUUUCACACCGUCUACAAGAGCGCAAACAUGAGAGUUGUUGAAUUACCGGAGACCGGUCCUAGUGUGCGAGCACAGAAGAGCUGGUACUCCAUCGGUGACAUGCUUCGAGCCAAUUGCACGUCGCCACCGGCCGACCCGCCGGCCAACCUCACGUGGCUACUUAAUGGCCAAGAGGUGAAAGGUCUGGAUAUACCGCUGCACGACACAUCAUACGCGCGAAGAAAACCUGUGAUAACCGACACGUCGCUCGAAGAUGCAAAUAGAAUUAUAUUCAGUCCGUGGGACGCAAUCUCGGGUUACGAGGAACCCGUGACCGACAAUGUAAUAGACAUUCCAGGCAAUAUCGACGGCGUAGUGGGCAUUCCCCACGCUGAUAGCAAUCGGAAAAACAAGGAGGAAAGCACCACCCGCCUCGCACCCAGGCUAGAGCAAAUAGCAAAUAAAUUGAACAUUAGUAUUGAAGAAGAGAAAUCCAAUAAAUCAUCUUCGUUCAGCCAGCUUGUUAUAAGAGUACAGUCAGUACACUUUCGCAAAGGGCGGGUGAACGUGACGUGUGUGGCACACGUGCUGUCGGUGUGGUCGAAUAGUGGCGUGCUCAUCCUAGACGAGGAGCGGCCACAGAUUGCACCUGUUAUGGGCAGCCGGGACUCAAAUUCAG